UCCUGUCCUCUUUUAACUCCUCUGCUUUCUUUCUCUGUGUGGUCCGGCCACCCCUCUUCCCAGCUCGGGAUCGCGGAGGGCCCUAGGGCACCUAGCGGGGACUGGGACAUCCCCGUCUGUGGGCCGGUGGUGGGGCCCACCUGUGUCUACAGGCCUUGCUCCCUGGGAAACCGUCACCAGAUACACCGUCGCCAGGACUUCCUGGGGCACCCGCGCUGUUCUGGAAAACUAGAAAAGUUUUCUUUUUGGUCACUCACCACUGGUCCCAUGGCUGCCAUGCAGAUGGAUCCUGAGCUUGCCAAGCACCUCUUCUUUGAAGGGGCCACUGUGGUCAUCCUGAAUAUGCCCAAGGGGACAGAGUUUGGCAUUGACUACAACUCCUGGGAGGUGGGGCCCAAGUUCCGGGGUGUGAAGAUGAUCCCUCCAGGCAUCCACUUCCUCCACUACAGCUCUGUGGACAAGGCCAAUCCCAGGGAGGUGGGCCCCCGUAUGGGCUUCUUCCUUAGCCUACAGCAGCGGGGGCUGAAGGUCCUGCGCUGGGAUGCAGUCCAGGAAGAGGUAGACCUGUCCCCAGCCCCAGAGGCUGUGGUGGAGGCCAUGAGGGCCAACCUCCAGGAGCUGGACCAGUUCCUGGGACCUUACCCAUAUGCCACACUCAAGAAGUGGAUCUCACUAACCAACUUCAUCAGCGAGGCCACAGUGGAAAAGCUCCAGCCCGAGAGUCGGCAGAUCUGUGCCUUCUCAGAGGUGCUGCCUGUGCUCUCCAUGAAGUACACCAAGGACCGGGUGGGGCAGAAUCUACCCCUCUGCGGCACUGAGUGCAAAAGCUACCAGGAAGGCCUGGCCCGGCUGCCCGAGAUGAAGCCCAGAGCCGGCACAGAGAUCCGCUUCUCCGAGCUGCCCACACAGAUGUUCCCGGCAGGUGCCACGCCGGCCGAGAUAACCAGGCACAGCAUGGAUCUGAGCUAUGCUCUGGAGACCGUGCUCAGCAAGCAGUUCCCCCAAAGUCCCCAGGACGUGCUAGGUGAACUCCAGUUUGCCUUUGUAUGCUUCCUGCUGGGGAACGUGUACGAGGCAUUCGAGCACUGGAAGCGGCUCCUGAACCUUCUGUGCCGGUCAGAAGAGGCCAUGGUGAAGCACCACACCCUUUACGUCAACCUCAUCUCCAUCCUGUACCACCAGCUUGGCGAGAUCCCCGCCGACUUCUUUGUGGACAUCGUCUCCCAGGACAACUUCCUCACCAGCACCUUACAGGUUUUCUUUUCAUCUGCCUGCAGCGUUGCCGUGGAUGCCACCCUGAGGCAGAAAGCUGAAAAGUUCCAAGCUCACCUAACCAAGAAGUUUCAGUGGGACUUUGAGGCGGAGCCUGAGGACUGCGCCCCGGUGGUGGUGGCUCUUCCCGAGGGUGUGGGGACUGGCUAACUGGAAAAGCUCUCAGCCAGAGGAGGCCCCUUCCCCAUGGCUGCGGUCCUGGCUCCUCCAUUCACCUGUCCCACUGGGACUUACUGGGUCAGCAGCCCUGCCAGGUUCUACAAAGAUGGAGCCAGAAUUCCCUCCUUCACCAAUAAAUAAGUUCCUUUAGUGCCAGAGAGGCUGUACCCCAUCUAGAAGGCAUAUUUGUGGGUUCCCCGUCAGCCUGGCCUCGGUGCUAUAACCUAACUGAAUUCCAAAUGAGCUCUUGGGAGAGACCUGCCUCAGCAGCAGCUUGCUUCCUUCCAGAAGAGAAGAAGUUGAGCCAAAAGCCCAGGAGAACCAGUUGUUUAUUCCGUAGAAUGGUUAGAAACCCUGGACUGCCCAGGAGUUUGAGAUGUCAGUUGGUGACUUUUUAAAAGUUAAUCAGAGGGUAAUAGGGAGAUGAGCCAGAUUUCUGCCUGCCCCUUGUUGGAUGGGAAUACAUCACAGAAAACAUGGGCGUGUGACCACCCUGGAGCCCCAGGUUGGGGAGGGCAUAACAGAAGACGGUUGGGUUGAAACUGACGAGUGGUCAGCUUUUGCUUUAAGUCCCUUUCUCCUGUCCAGAGGUCCCAGUGGAUAAUCUUUCAAGAUCAUUGCAGCCCCUGACCUCAGAGGCGUUGCUAGUGCCACACCCCUCCCAUCUGCUCCGUUCUGAGGCCUCAGACCCAGAAGUGGGCCUUGGCAACCCUUUGUAUGGCCCCAUUCCUCACCAGAGCCACCACGAGUGUUUCUGAUGACCCGGAGAUUCAACAACAAAGAGAAAGGUUCUUGCUUUGUACAGGCUUCUUUGGCCCUGUUGAAGUUCUGUGCCUUUAUUCAGAGCUCCAGAGGUGACCUGGUCAGCCUGGGUCCACCCCCCGUCCUGCUGUGGGGCUGUCAGCCACAGGAGUGAUGGUGCUCCGGUUUCCUGGGAGUCCUGAGGGCUUGCACAUCAUGCACACAGGCCCUGCCACCCUGACCUCAAACUGUUGUACUGUGAUCAGAAUCCCUGUGCUGCUCUCUCCCAAGGCUGCGGCUCACACUAGGUUUCUGAAUAAGAAUCCCCUCUGGUUAAGACUUUCGGUUCCACUUGUCUCCUUGAAGUUGUUUUUCCAAGAGCAUAACAUACAUUAAAGUCUUGGAGUUGAGACUAAAUCCCCUUGUGUGACUCUCUCUUAUAGUUCAUCUGCCCAGUUCCCACCGCAGCCAGGCACUGUCCUUAGAUGCACAUGUCCUCCCUACCGGGCACCAGGAGACCCUGCCCAACCUCUGCAGGCUCUGGAGGAGGCAAGUGGCCAGCGAUGUCUCCUGUCACCAGCGGGGCUUCUGAGAUGGGCACACCUGCAGGAAGGAUUGAGGCCCUGUAUCUCUAGAGCAACCAGAAGGUUCACCUUGUGUGAAUUUGCUGUUCUUUUUCUCCCCAAAGCCCAAUCAUCAGAACCACUGGGGAGCUUGUUAAAAUUGCAGAUUCCAAAGGAAUAAAGCCCUGAUCCAUGCCGCAGCAUAGACAAACCCUGAAAACACUGUGCAGAGUGAAAGAAGUCGGACACAAAGACCACAUGUUGUACGAUUCCAUUCUUAUGAAUCAUCCAGAGUCGACAAAUCCAUAGAGACAGAGGGAUUAGUGGAAGUUCAGACUCCCAAGUCCCACCCUACAGGAACUCAGAGGCAGUGAAUCUGGAUGCAGCCUGGGUUCUGAGGCACACUCAGUUUUGAGUUACUACCUAGAAGUAACAGCACUGCAAUUUAGUACCUAGAGCUCCACUGGGACAAUUUGUCUCCCACUAGCCUUGACAGGGCAGCACCUGGAAGUUGGAUCAUGUGACCUGUUCUCUAAGCUUGUUGGUCUUAUGUCUACACAGACACCCCCCCCCAACCGCGCCCACUCACACAAAUGGGUUAAGGAAAAGCAGCUACAAUGUAUAAGUGCUCCGUUCUGUUAGUUCACUUAAUCCUCACAACAGUAUGUGGUAAUUGCUAUUAUUUUCCCCAUUUUACCGAUAGGAAAAUGGGCUCAGAAGGCUUCCGUCAUUUUGCUAGGGUCCCACAGCUCGUAAGGAUUGAGCUCCAGAGUCAAACCAAGCCCAUUGGUGUCCAGGGUCCGCACUCAGUACUGCAUUCACUGCUGUGAUUUACUCCUUCCCUACCCUUGCAUGUCCAGGACAGCCUUGCUUUCUUCCUGCUUCCCCGGAUCUAGCCUUGGCCCUGUUGACAGCCAGCUGUGUGACCUUGGGCAAGCCACUUAACGUUCUCUGGGCUUCAGUGUAUUUUUGUAUAAAGUAAGAGAGUUUGCUUGGACUGAGGAUUGCUGGUAAAGGUACUCCAGGCUCCUUCAGGCUCCCUCCACUUAAAAAUGGACCCUUGUGUUUUAAAUGUUUUCAAAGGGAAACUACAUUUACAUGAGAUAAUAUGGCUGGGCUGACAAAAAAAAAAAACAAAAAACAAUAGGUCUCUUAUUGGGGGCUAGAGUGACAUUGAU